CGAGAUCACACCUGGUAUUAUCGAUCCUGGUAUUAGAUAAAAUGAAGUGAUAAUCGUUAUCACGUAGACGUGGGAGCUAUGCUAUAAGACUUUAGAUUUUGUUGGUGUUGUUUAAUGACAGGUCUACUCUCUUCGCGCUCUCAUAUUUUCACACUUAAUUCACAAGAACUAUAGCGUCCGGCUCUGUUUAAGAUGUUCAGGUGUGUUUUGAGAGAGGUUUGACGGUUAUAUACACAGCAAAGCGUCGACAUUAUAAUGACUGCCUAAUUUUUCAUUGGUAAAGAAGAUCAUAACAGUUUGUUGUAUAUCUUUAUAAAAAGCAGCUCCCAUCUCCACUAUUGCGAAGGAAGUGUAUUGCCCAAUUCAAAGAAAACUUACUGCCACACUAGUAACUAAUUCAAAGUAUUCACAUCACCCUAGACAAAGAAUGAGAGUCCAACGCACAAUCAUUUCCUUCUGUCUCUUUAUCAUAACAGUAAAUAUUCUUUUAUAUAAAUACAACUAUCAAUUUGAAUAUUAUCACAAGAAUCCUGAAAAUUUGGGGAACGGGACUUUACUCACUAGGCAAUCAGUUUCCUACAAUGCUGCCUUGCUUUUUCCAAUCAACAAGCGCGAUGUUCGUAUCGAAGCUCAACUGAAAUAUGUUCUACCUACAGAGAAAACACGGAAAAAUGAUAAAUGGAAGAAAACGAAACAAAGUCAGUCAGAUGCUGAUGGAAAAUUAAAACCACUUAGACAACAGUAUAAAAAAUUAUUAAUAGACAAUCUAUCGUGGUUGAAACCAUUGAAAAAAAAUCAAGGAAGUUUCCUGGAAUAUAAAUGUCCAGUUAAUACAUGUUUAGUCACAUACAACAAAUCUGAGGAAAAAAGCGUAGACGCUAUUUUCUUUAUUGAGAGAGUACGCUUAUCACGAAAACUAGUGCACAGGAACCAAAUAUGGAUGUUCAUGACUCACGAGUGUCCAGUUUUCAGCCCGCCAAUAAAACAUCUAAGUAACAGUAUCAACUGGACGAUUACAUAUCGUCCGGACAGUACGAUUGCAUAUCCAUACAGUAGAUUUCGUUAUUUCAAUUCGUUGAUAACACAAAAAGAACAAGUCCGAAAUUAUGCAAUGGGAAAACCGAAAAAGGUCGCUUGGUUCGUAUCCAACUGCUAUCCUAACAACAACCGAACAGACUAUGCUAAAGAACUUGCCAAAUAUAUCCAGGUUGAUAUUUAUGGUGGAUGCGGUACUAAAGUCUGUAAAAGAAAGAAUGAAGAGCAAUGUUUCAGAAAGUUAGAAGAGGAAUAUAAAUUUUACCUGGCAUUCGAAAAUUCCAACUGUAGAGACUAUAUUACCGAAAAAUUCUUUCGUAAUGCAUUGCAGUAA